AUGCGACACCGUACAUUCCGUAAGUUUUUAUUUUUCAACCGUAUCUUCUCUUUUCUUCUCCUCGUUUCCAACUGCUUUCCCUCUAUUCUACCUUCCGCGGUCGAGUGGGGCACCGCACAAAACAGUGUGGACCAUAUCCUUCCCUACAGUAGGAAACGGGCAUGGCAUAGUGGCCCCCUUCACUACAACGCUGGCACAAAAGGAAAAGCAUGA